AUGGAAGAAGAUACUUCUCCCAUUUCAACUAACGUAACCACCACGAAUGACACCACCAAUGACGAGAAUAUUAAGAACUUUGAACGAAGCAACUCGGACGCCAAAGAAGAGUUUCUCGCGCCAAAAUCUGAGCCACCUGGCUCUUUUCAUAUUUCGUCAACAAAUGAAAACACCGCCACUACCACAACCACACCCACCAAUACCAUUUCCUCAAAUUCCCCCAGCUCUAAUCUAACGUUAGACGAUAAUAAUAAUAAAAAGGAUCCAACGACACCUUCGCCUACAAUUACGGGAAAUAUAACACCCACUACCUCGACUACGUCGAAUAUUACUUUGAAUUCGUCGAAUCAUAAAACUCAAGCCGCAUUCGUUAAUAAACUAUACACAAUGGUUGAAGAUCAAUCUAUUCAACACCUAAUAUCAUGGGCACCCUCUGGUGACGUGUUCAGUGUAUCAAAUCCGACGGAAUUUUCCAAAACCGUGUUACCACAAUAUUUCAAGCACAAUAAUUGGCAAAGUUUUGUCAGACAAUUAAACAUGUACGGUUUCCAUAAAGUCAAUGACAUGUUUCACGCGAACCCAUCAAGUGAAAGUCAAGCCUGGGAAUUCAAACACCCAGAGUUUCGACGAGGUCAAUUGGCUUCUUUGCAAAACAUUAAACGAAAAAGCGCGAAACAACAGACACAAACAAAUCAAAUGAUGUUGAAAGGUGGAGGUGGCAACGUUGGUGGUGGUAUGUCUGGAUCUGCAUCUAGUCUUAGUCCGACUGAAGGUACUAACAUGGCUGAUAUGAUGCACGAUGAUCGAAUUGAUCGAUUGUCAACCCAGAUGGCCGAAAUGAUGGAAAGUAUGAGACGCAUGACCGAGAAUUAUAAUCUUUUGGUCGCGGAGACCGUUUCUUGUAAAAUGUUGCAUACUAAACAUAAACAGGUAAUUACAAACAUAACCAAUCUUUUAGCAUCAAUGUGUCGUGAUGAAGAAGCUGAUCCGAGAAGUCUGAGAAAACGGAAAUUUGACG